AUGGAUGAUUCCCAUAACAUCCAUCACUGCAACCUCCCAGACAGUCCUCAGACACAAAGGGAGGUAGACAAUGCCCAGGUCAUCGUGACUAUGCCACAGGGAGAGGAAGCCAUCAGCGUCUCAAAGGAUGUGUAUAAUAGUAGUGGAAUACCGAGUCCUCCCCAGAGUCCUCAGAGAGCCUGCUCUCCUUCUAUGGUCAUGGGCGCCAUUCCCGAGGGUUCAUCUGAUGAGGCUUCUGGCAACCAAGUAGAUGAGCCAGAAAACCCUGAGUUGUUGCGCAGUGCACUAAAUAGAAAGAUGUUUGACCUGGUAUACUUUCUGCUUUUCAAAUAUAAGAUGAAAGAAUUAACCACUAAGGCAGAAAUUCUGGAAACUAUUGUUAGAGAGUAUGAGGAGUACUACCCUGUGAUCUUUAGUAAGGCUUACAACUGCUUAAGGCUGGUCUUUGGCAUUGAUAUGAUAGAAGUGGACCCCUUUGACCAGUGCUAUAUCCUUGUCACUGCCUUGGGGAUCACCUAUGAUGGGAUGUUGAGUGAUGUCCAGGGUAUGCCUAAGACAGGCCUCCUAAUAGUUGUACUGGGUAUCAUUUUCUUGAAGGGAAAUUGUGUCAGUGAGAAGGUGAUCUGGAGAAUGCUGACUAAAAUAGGGUUGUGUGAUGAAGAGAAUCCUUUCCUUUAUGAAAACCCCAGAAAGCUUAUCACUGAGGAUUUUGUGCGGGAAGGGUACCUGGAGUACAGGCAGUUACCUGACAGUGAUCCUCCCAGGUAUGUGUUCCUGUGGGGCCCAAGGGCCUUUGCAGAAACCACCAAGAUGAAAGUCUUGGAGUUUUUUGCCAGUAUCACCAAGACUGAUCCCAGAUCCUACACCGAACCAUAUGCAGAGGCUUUGAGAGAUGAGCUACACAGGGCCUAG